UGAGAUUGACAUCGUAACAAUAGCAGAACCCUUGUCUGAUCCACUCGCACCAGCACCACACACACACUGACACCAACACCACCAUGUCAGUGUCACUUCAGGGCUGAGAAUGACCCACCACCUUGACCAUUGAAAGGUCCUGACCAUCAAAGAACAGGGUGGCAGAGUAUGUAGGGAAACCGAUGGACUACAGUUUGUAACUGUAAAACUACGAAGUGCACCUGUAUGGUCAGUGGAGCUGGUAGAAUGAGGAGGUGGAUUUAAUGAAGCGGCCACACUUGAUUGUUUUCUUCUCGGCUGUGUCGGUCAAUCAGCUGUAAAUGACCCUGCAUGAAUUAAGGCCACAGGGCCACAUGUGCAUUAGGAGGCAGGGCUUAUGGAACCAUCUUAUAAUGCAACGCUGUCCUUUCAGGUAGAUGUAUUUUUUUCCUGCCCAGUGGUCAUCUGACCCUGUAGUACGCAGCACAAGAUGGUAAUUAUCACAUAAUGAAUACUAAUAGUACAUUACUGUGAGGAGCAGCAUGCAGUGUACUGUGUGUGUGUGUGUGUGUGUGUGUGUGUGUGUGUCCAAAUGCAAUCAAAUCUUCCUUCCCAGAAGAGUAGAGGCUAUUACCGCAGCCCAAACUCACUAUUGACACAGAAGAAACGCUGAAUCAUGGGCUCCUCCAUGUUCUGUAUCUACCAUCCUGUAAGCCCGCCGUGCAAUGGAGCCCCGCUUCCAUCUGGACCUGGACAGGAAUGAGUCCUGGUCACCGCCAGUUUCCACCAAAAGACUCUCGCCGUACGUUUCAGAGGCAGGUGGGAGCAGUGCCACCCCCUGUGAGACCCCCGAGAGGAGGGGCUCUCCCCUGCCGGACAGCAGAGAGGACAUGGGGGAGGACGACGUGUCCCGCGGAGUCCGGCAGAGGCCGCGGGGGGAGCUGUCCGGCGAUGAACAUUCUCGCUCCCCCCGCAGGGGCCUGCAGAAGUACCUGUCCCGCUUCGACGAUGCUAUGAAACUGAGAGGUCAGCUGGGGAGCGAGAAGGCAGCGCAGGACAGCAGCACGGACCCCGAGGAGUUGGACUCCUUUCGGCUCUUCCGGCUCACUGGGAGCGUUCUUCUCGCCGUCUUCGUACGCAUCUUCGUCUGCCAGUAUCUGUCAAUAUUUGCACCAUUUCUCACCCUUGAGCUGGCCUACAUGGGAUUAUACAAAUACUUUCCUAAGGUGGAGAAAAAGAUGAAGACCACUGUUCUGACCGCUGCCCUCCUACUGUCUGGCAUCCCAGCCGAGGUCAUCAACCAUUCCAUGGACACUUACAGGAAGAUGGGUGACGUUUUCGCAGACCUCUGCGUCUACUUCUUCACCUUCAUCAUGUGUCACGAGCUCAUCCUCUUAUUCGGCUCGGAGUCAUCGUGAUGGGGCGGCGGGGUUAGGAGCGCUGACUGCUGCGUGACCCUUUCAUUUGCUCGCUUUCAGACGGAAUAACAUAAGAGAUCGGGAUGUGAUCUUGUGUGCAGACAUCGUUAUCGAUUAUAAGAAAGCCAUCUUAUAUCACAGAGCUGACAGGUUAGAGCAGUGUGGUCACCAGCCCUGCUACCUAGAUCUGGCUACCUAAAGAGCUCACGUCCAACCCUGACUGAUCCCAUUAGGUCCAGAUCAUCAGUAGACUUCACUAGGGACGUAAACAUUCAUAAAAUGGAGAAAUUGGGAUUAAAUAUCUCUGGAUUAGUACUAUAGCAAGGCUAAUAAACUCAAGUCAAAUGAACAAACUGCAGAUAUUUUAGCACAUUAACCCAAAACCACCUGAACAUUCGUUCAUAUCUAAUCCUCUGUAGACAUAUUUUCUCCUUAACCUACUAAGAGUGAUAUGAUUCCGAUGUCACUGUUCAUCCCUACACUCAUUCACUCUGGUCAGAUGUGUUUGUGGACUGGAGCUGAUGGUGGAUCUCCAGGAGCAGUCUUUGAGACCACAGGGUUAGCAGAACUUCAAACUUUUAAUGGUCAUGACAGUAAAUUAGUUUACUUAAAUGCAUCUCAGCUUAUCUCUGAACAUCAUACGUCCUCAGAACCACAACCUGUGUGAACCCGGUUCUCCCCCAGAACCAGCGUCUUACGCUCUGGUCAGAGCUUCUGCUCUGUUUAGACUUUUUGAAAAGCUUUGUUGCUGAUGUUUCAAAGCGGAUAGCUUCUGUCUUCUGUCUGUUUUUUGGUCACUGGAUCCUCUGAUGAGGUGAUGGGUUGAAGUGUGAAGGUUGCUUGAAGCGCUAAAACUGACGUCGCGUGAAAGUAAGUCUGCCAUCACACUUCACCACCAGCUCCUCAAACCUCGGCAUGAAUACUGACAAAAUUUUAUGAGCUCAGUCUUGUGCCGCGCAGCAGUUUUAGCUCAUGUAACAUUUAACAUUCAUAUUUCGGCUCUUCAUAAUUCAGAAGACGGAUUGAACUUUACGAAUUGAAACAGCAGCAACGUCCAGAGAAGGAAGCACAGAAAGACUUAAUGGCUACAGCCCACUGGAUCAGAACCCCGCUGAACAAAGACCGUUAGAACAAUUAGGAUUAAAUCCUGACAGUUUUGCUUUGUAAUGGAAAUUGGUGUUAAUGGUUACUGUUGGAGACCAAGUUUCUUUUAGGACAUCUUUAGAUCAUGUCAGGAAACCAUCACCUGGAAUCAGAAUAUCUGAUAAACUAUUAAUCUUAUACACUGUGAUAAAACAUCAUUAGAUAAAACACUACUGGACGCCUGCAGUGCAGAUCUUAUGGUACAAAGCUCAGCUAUAGCUCAUAGGAAGUGUGCAGAUAAAACAUGAAGCUCAAAUUCAUUUUACACUCUACUGUAGAUGUAAUGGAAUAAAACUCAGCACCAUAGAGUGAUAAUUAACUCUAACAAACUGCUUUCCAGUUAAACCGUAUGAGGUGUAAUACAACAUGUAAUGGCGAGUAACAUUAGCUAAGGUCAAAACAGGCGUUUGACAUGUAUCUGUUUACCUUGAACACUUCAGGUCAUUGUGUUUCCUGGUGUAAAUUCACUGUGGAUCUGCUGUGUAAGUUUAAUGUUGAACAACAGAUCUGCAGUGCAACCAGAUAUAACUAUGCUGUGUCAUGUCUGCCUGCACUGGAAACAAUGACUCAGUGUUUGUGUUUUUGGAUUUUUUCCAGUUACCUCCAUAAUUUAGUCGUAUCCAGUUCCGCCCACUAGUUAGGACUCCCUCAAUCACAUGACACCACCAGGUUUGAGGAGUGUGAAGGCAAACACAGGCUUCCUCCGAGACCUGUGAAGCUUCACUGUAUCUUUUCAAACUGGACAGCUAACCACGCUCAGAGGAGAACACUAACCGCCAGUUCUGUUUCAUCAGCUAAUAGACGUCUGCGCUGGCUAGCAUCGUGCUGAGUAGUGGGGGAGAUGAGGCGGGGGCAUCCUACCCACCCAGAGAGAGCGAGGACAACUGUGCUCUCUUGGACUCCUGGCCACGGAUGGCUGUAGCAUCACUGGGGAUUGAAAUCAUGAUCUGCUGAUGACCGAGCCCAUGCUUAGAUGGUUACACCAUUCGGGAGCAUUACAGUGCUUUGAACUUUAAAGGUGUCCUGCAGGAAAUUAGGGCUGCAUUCACAGUACCAGGCUGAAGUGGCACGGAUCAAUCCAUUUUUUGCCCUAAUCUGAAUCAGAUCUGAUGUUUUCAGAGCUGUGUGGACCUGCAAAUCUGAUCUUUUCAAAUCCGACCUCGGCCUCUUUCAUAUGUGGUCCUAGACCGGAUACAUAUCCGAUUUGUGGCCAUGCGACAUUAAUGUGAGACUUAGAUCGGAAUUCAUGUGCUUUUUGUCCCCCACUGCGUGUGCACCAUCAUUCAGUUACUCUGGCGGCAGCGCCAAACAGAAGUUAAAGCCUGUUAAUGGUGGAAAAGCAGCUCAUCUCACCUUUUUCUCCGUCGUCUAGCUCUAAUAAUGAAGCUGAGAGCUGAUCAGAGUUGAUGAUCAGCUCACCGAAGCUCAUUCUGCUCGUUAGUUUGUGCUGAUGAUGCACGUGACACAUGUGAUUCAUUCAUGUGACGUUACUAAGUAAGAUGUGCGCAUGUGGGUAAUUUCAAGAAGCCGGUUCGUUCACAUUGACAUAUUUGAGUCACUUACCUAAACAAGUGUGAACCAUCGUGUCAGAGAGAUCGGAUUUGAGCAAAAAAUCAGAUUUGAGCAACGAGCCUUGCAAUGUGAAUGUAGCCUAAUGGCGAUUUUUCAGCAAGGCUGGUUACCCUAAAAGUUCUGCUCUUUAAGAACACGUCAUGAAUCUGACAUAGACUUUUUCUUAGGAUCUUUCUCAUGAACAUGGUUAAGAAAACACUCAGGAACAGAUUGGAGAAUGAGGACCAACAUUCUGCGUCCGGAGUGCGGUAGCCUGUAGCUGUUUGACUGUAAUGGCCAUUCAUACCGCACACGCUAAAUAGAACAUCAGCACUGUUUACUAGUACAGUACACAUAGACAGCAGUAAUGCGUACAGUACCCAGAACCGUCCCUACCUCCCCUGACUGAGCUCCUGCGUCCGUUCCCCACCACACGGCAGAACCGUGAAAGCAGGCAGGGGCUCUCGGGAGGUUGUGUGGUGGUCUCGUGAUUUCUCACACAGCACUAGUGUUAACAGUAAACACUAACAGCAGCCACAGUGGAGGAACUCCUGGAUCUGCUGCACCUUUUACUGUGGCCGUUUGACGUGAAGGCAUACAGACAGCGAGUCUGGACAGUGGACCUCUGUCUACUUCAGAGAGUGACAGCAGCUGUUCUCCAAAGUGCUGUUGAUGUUUCAACAAUAGAGAAAACUAUUGUACUGACUGUACUGCUUUAAGGUCCGCCCACACGCCCUGGUGCCCCGGCAGAUCCAGCACAGUUGUGAUGCGUGAUGAACGUGGCCGCUUCCUAUUUCCCCCGUUAUAUCAAAAACAGGACUGCUAAACAGCAGAGGGCAUCAGCGAGCAAGUCUUCAAUGAAUGGGAGUGAAUGGAGCUCAACAGUUAAAAAUGACAAGUUAAAAUCGUUUCUAAUCACUCGCCCAGAACUUUCCUUUAAUUUUAGGUAGUAGAUGGACGUAUUUCACUAAAAGAGCAAACAAAGCUUACCUGUAUCUUUCUUUUUGUCUACAGCAACCUUGUUUAGGGCGGCAGCAAGCUAGCAUUCCUGCUCCUGAGUGCUGAUUGGUUGGUUAAUAUAUUUAUAUAAAAAUAUAUAAAUGAUGUUAAAUGUUGUAUGCUGUUCUGUGUUCAGGAAAUGAUUGUAUUAUUUUAUGUUAAAAAUAUUUAAGUAUUUAUAAACUGAUUUUGUUCGACCCAUUCGUUUUGAACUCGCUCGGGAGCGCCCUCUAGUGUUUGAGAAACCCAGAAGACAUUACGGAGUGGGAAUUCUCCUCUCUACAAGCUCUCUGAUGGGCGUCAGCCGCUUCCUUCUGAACUCAGUGUUCUGUGCAAGAGUCUCAUCCGCUUUACUGUGUGAUAUUAAUCUCUGCGCUUUUUUUAUCGGUGUGUAUCUUGUGUUUUAGAGGCUGUGAUGUGUUUGGCUGCGUCGUUUUCUUCCUGAAACUUUCUCAUCUAGCUUUGUCGACGUUCACCUUCAUCUCCUGAGCUCUUUUUCCAAUGAGACCAGUCAGUUUCAGAGCUGGUUUAAUCUGCUGUCUGUGAUUCUAACCUGAUUUUGAUCACGUUUACAUUCAGAGAAAGUGUAAAGUGUUGAAAUAAUGUGUUAUUUAUGCUGUUUAUUUUGCUCUGUAUGAACCUGUAACCAAUGAAAUGUGAACAGAUGCUGCAGCCUGUUGUAAAAAAAAAAAGCGGUUCCUGAGACACAAACUCUCACUGUGUAAACAAUAAAGCUGAACUGAAACCUUG